UUUGUGUACGCACCGACUGUAGACACUAUUAGAUCCACUUCUCUAAACAACCAUGCGCUUUUAUGGUAGUGUAGAGUAAUGCUACAGUAAACCGCAUGUUUUCCACAGUGCUGAGUAACGUGAAUAGCAGCAGGAUGGUGGCGGGCAGGAACAGUUAGGUAAGCUGGGUGUCGACAGGUAACCAGAGAGAACGGGACUACACCUUUUCGCAAAUGUUCGCUGCUCCUCUCGGUUGAAGAGUUUUGGGCCCGUUUUCCUCCCGUGUUUGGCCUCAAACUCCAGCGUUUAUCUCGGCAGAAGAAGAAAAAAUGUCGGAGGACAAGUCAAACAUCUCCAACGAACUCUUCGAGAGUGUGCGAGAGGCGGUGGGUCGGAGGGUAAAACUCACCCUGAGGCGCAAAGUCCAGCUGGAGUUCAAAGGUGGCAAGGUGGAGAACAGAGUUUUGGCGUUGGCGUCACAUCGAGCAUACCUGCUGACAGCUCGAGUUCCUUCUAAGGUUGAGCAGUCAUUCAGCUACUUGGAAAUCCAAGGAAUCAGCAGCAACAAGCCCACUCAGUUGGUAUUGGAUCAUGAGCGAGGUCCCUGGAGCCUUCGACUGGGAUCUGUGGAGGAGGUAGACGAGGUGAUCGCACACAUCGGUGUCUGUCUCUAUCGGAUCUGCCCCGCUGGCUCCCCUGUAAAGUUGAUGAGGAAGUUGAAUUUGAAACCUCCAGAGAGGCUGACGGCCCUCCAGGACUUCUGGAAUGAGCAGAGCUCAGCUGAUUUAGGACCCUGUGGUGGAUUUUCUCAUCAGUACUGGUGUGUGUGUGAUGGCUUGGGUCUGCCCUACAGAGAGGAAGUCCAGUGGGACGUUGACACCAUCUAUCUCACUCAGGACACCAAAGAACUAAACCUGCAGGACUUUGUUCACCUUGAGAACAGGGAUCUGGUGGCAAUCAUUGCAGUUCUUGAAUACAACCAGUGGUUCACCAAACUCUCAUCUAAGGACAUCAAACUGUCUACGGAUGUGUGUGACCAAAUCUUCAGGGUUGUGGCUCGCUCCAGUCGACUAGAAGAGCUGGUUCUGGAUAAUGCUGGACUCAGAAGUGAUUUUGUGCAGAAACUGGCCAGCGCGCUGUCACAAAACCCAUCCUGCACACUCCAAACACUCAACCUGAGCAACAACUCACUGGAGGACAAAGGGGUUUCAGCUUUGAGUGUUCAACUUGCCAAGUUGCCCAUGGGCCUGAAGCACCUGAACCUUUCCAGAACCUCCAUGUCUCCUAAAGGUGUGAACAGCCUCUGUCAGGCUCUCUGUGCUAACCCUAUCAUUGCAUCAACGCUCACUCACCUCGAUCUUUCUGGUAACUCCCUCAGAGGAGACGACAUUCAGAAUCUGCACGGCUUCCUGAGUCACCAAAACCACCUGGAGACGCUGGAUCUUUCCAACAGCGACUGUUCACUGGAGCCGGUGUGUGCAUCUCUGUGCAAAGGUUCAUUAAAGCACCUCUCCGUGCUCAACAUGUCAAAAACAGUUUUCUCUCACAGGAAGUGUAAGGAAAUCCCAGCAACUUUCAAGCAGUUCUUCAGCUCCGCCCACACUCUGUCUUCAGUCAGUCUGUCAGGAACAAGGCUGCCUCUGGAGGCUCUGAAAGCGUUAUUGUUGGGCCUUGGCUGCAACCCAAACCUCAGUGAAGUGUCUCUGGAUCUCAGCUGCUGUGAGCUACGUUCAGGAGGAUCCCAGAUCCUGGAGGGUUGCAUCGCUGAGAUCCCAAACAUUUCCAGUUUGGAUAUUUCAGAUAAUGGUUUGGACAUGGAUCUCACCACCCUUCUUGUCUGGUUAGCGAAGAACCGCUCCAUCCGACACCUUUCACUGGGCAGAAACUUCAACAACAUCAAAUCCAAGAAUGUGUCUCAAGUCCUGGACAACCUAGUUCACAUGAUUCAGGAAGAAGAGUCGCCGUUGACGUCUCUGUCUCUGGCGGAUUCCAAGCUGAAGUCCGACCUGUCCAUCGUCCUCAACGCUCUCGGCAGCAACACUUCCCUGACCAAACUGGACAUCAGUGGAAACUCAAUGGGAGACAUGGGGGCUAAGAUGUUGGCCAAAGCCCUGCAGAUCAACACGAAGCUCAGGACAUUAAUGUGGGACAGAAACAACGUCAGCUGUCAGGGUUUACAGGAUGUAGCUGCUGCUUUAGAGAAAAACCACACCAUUCGUUUCAUGCCUGUUCCCAUCAUGGAUGCUGCUCAGGCACUGAAGGCCAAUCCAGAGAAGACAGAGGAGGCUUUACUAAAGAUGGAGCAGUACCUGCUGAGGAACCAUGAGACGCGUAAAUACCUGCAGGAGCAGGCGUACAGGCUGCAGCAGGGAAUCGUUACCAGCACUACGCAGCAGGUGGACUCUACACACAAGCACUUACCUUUCAGUCAUUUAUCCCUGCAGCGAUCAGAAAUCGGGUUUGUUUUUUGUUUUUUUUUUGUGACGCAGAUGAUGGACAUGAUGUGUGUGAGGGUGCAGGACCACCUGAACUCUCUGAGGUUCUCAGAAACCAUCUCUGUUCUGGAGGACAUAAAAGUGGCAGAGAACCUCAUGAAGGAUGCUAGAAACUCCAAAACGCUUCUUCCAAACCUGUACCACCUGAAGAGCAGCAGCUCUAGAGAGGCCUGUGUUGAAGCCAUUCAGGACAAACUGGAGUCGAUGGCCGGAGAGGUGGGAACGGUGAUGGAUGAGCAGCUGCAGACUCUACUGGUGUCUAUGGUGGAUGCUGCUGAGGGGCUGUGUCCUCAUGUGAUGAAGAGGAGCAGCCUUCGUCAGGAACUGCUGAAGGCCGGCGCGGGGAGGAUGACUAUCCCCCGCAGCUUCAUCACCAACACGCUUCUGGAGCAGUCUGGGGUUGACAUCAUCAACAAGAUCAGCGAAGUGAAACUCAGCUUGGCUUCGUUUCUGUCUGAUCGGAUUGUGGAUGAGAUCCUUGAGUCUUUGUCCGGAUCACAAAAUACUCUGGCGGAUCAUCUGAUCAGAAAAGGCCAACCGCUGCUGCAUCACGACGUCCACAUGGAGACAGAAGUCUUGGAUGAGACGGUUCUACAGCAAGAAAACCACCAGAAAGCUCAAAAACGAGAUAAAGAGCAGAAAUAUGGACCGGACGAGAUGCAAUCCCUCACGAUGACCCCGAAAUCCAAGAGAAAGAGCAUUCUGGUCCGAAUGCUGAGACCCGUUUCCGUGGCUUUUGAGAUGGAGUUUGACCUGGACAAAGCUCUGGAAGAAGUUCCAAUCCAUUAUGAGGACCCGCCUCUUCCCUCUCCUCCUCCUUUGCACACAUCAGACAGGAUGUCAUACUUUGGAGAUUUCCCUCCUACUCCAACAGAUACAAACUCUGUCUCUUUGGGGGAGCUACCUCCCGUGGAGCACAAGCCUCUGGAAAACUGCACCAAAUUCCGACCAAAACCAAAAAGGAGGAAACCCAGCAGAUCACCACGGCAAGCCACUGGCCUCUCUGUGCCACAGGAUGCAGAGCAGAACGGCAUGAUGGGAAAGCUGGAUGAGGGUGUGGAUGACUUCUUCACCAAGAAAGUCACAAAACUCAGCUUUAAUUUCCCCUUUGCGAGAAGUCCCUCCACCAUUACUCCAGAAUCAACAGAUAAAAAACGGGAAUCCAGGAAAAGUGGCUUUUUUAAUUACAUCAAAUCUCGAGCUUCUCGCUCAGAAAAGACCACUGGAGCUUCCUCCAUCUCACCACCUCAUCCUUCCCCUACUGCUUCUUCCACUAUCAACCCCAUCCCUGAAAUAAGCUCUCCAUCAUCUCCUACACUUCCUGUGAAAACCCCCGUCAUGUCCGUGGCAGAAAGUCAUCCGGAGCUCCACAGGGCACAUUCCUCAGACCACACAAAUCUUGAAAGAGAAGCUCCUCUGACUGCCCCCAAACCUGUUGAAGAGGAAAAAGAGGAGAAGACUUUGGAACUAGGGGACCACCUAGAGAAGGCUGAACAUGCAGAGAAGAAGGAGAAUGUGGAGAAGAAGGAGACUCCUCACGUGCAUCGCUACAUUGGUGUUCCAAUGAUGGGGAAAGACCUGCUGGCUGAGAUGAAGGCCAGACAAAACAGAACCAAGCAAGAAAAAAUCGCUGUGAAGAAGGCUGAUUCAUCACCAGGAACAGACGAGGUGGACACAGACAAACCCACGUCAGAUGACCGUCCCACUGUUAAGGUGGAUCUUCAUCCCACUUCCAAGCUUGAUCUCCAUCCUACUAUUAAGUCAGAUAUUCAUCCCACUGUCAAGUUGGAGGUUGAUUCCACUUCCAAGGUGGAUCUCCAUCAUACUUUCAAGGUGGAUCUCCAUCCCACUUCCAAGGUGGAUCUCCAUCCUACUUCCAAGGUGGAUCUCCAUCCUACUUCCAAGGUGGAUCUCCAUCCUACUUCUAAGGUGGAUCUCCAUCCUUCUUCCAAGGUUGUCCAUCCCACUGUCAAGUCAGAGGUUGAUCUCACCACCAAGGUGGAUGUCCAUCCCGUUGUCCCAGUAGACACUGAACACUCCAAACCAGAGCCGAUUCCCAGGUCCAGACCACCGAGUGUCACCCAAAAACAAUCUCCAACCCAGGCCACAAAAUCCCCUCUGGUACCUCGCACAUCCGGAUCCCUGAGUCCAUUAAGGCAAAGGCCUUUCAGCAUCUCCGUUCUCGAUGACUCUGUCGACAUUCAAGUUGGGAGUACGUCUCCCAAAGCGCCACUUCCUGCUCCUCGCCUGAAGAGGGCGCAGUCAGAGCAGGACCGAGGGAGCGUGAGCAGCAGCUCUUCAGGACCCCUGUCUCCACUGGACGCUGUUUUUCCAGCGGACGGCGAUGCUUUUGACCAACCCGUCACAGAACUGGAGCCUGGCUCCGGCAGCAGACAGUGGUCAUCCCUGAAGCGAUCAUCCAGCCCUCCGUCGGUCAAGGAGGACGCCCACGAACGCGCAAAGUCCCUUCCCACUUACGUGAGGCUACCAUCUCAGAUGGAGGCUGAUCUCAGUCCAGCUGAGGGAGAGAUUCCCACUGUGACCUCUGACCUCAAUCCUAACAACAAAUUUGAGGACGAGUCUGGAGAUGACCCUCCAUCCAUGUGAUUCGUUUGCUCUUUUGUUUUUUAAUCCUGUUGGACUGCCCCUUUGUCAAAAGCAGAUGUGAAGAAGCUAUGAUCUCUUUUUUAAUUUCCUUUAAGAGCUUCAGCUCACACGGGUCAGUGAUGAAAGGAUGUUCCUGAUUCUGCGUAAGUUCAAGUCACAUGAGUUUCAUCUGAUGUGAGGACGCUCUGUGGUUGUUGUUUCAACAUAUCCUGCUUUAAACCCUUAAUUUAGUCCAAAGAACUGAGGAGAAUGAAUAUCUACGGGUGGGUUCAGGUAACUCCGUAGUUUGUUUUCAUACAAAUCAUAAUCAUACACUGCAAAUACUGGUUUUCAAAAAAGUUAAAAAAAAUGUUGUUUUUAGACAUUUUAUUUCAUGUUUAGUCUAAAAAUUUAUAUUAUCUUGCAAAAGCAUCACUACUUGAAGGUAAGGUAAAAAUAUUUAGGUAUUUUUUCUUGUUUUCAGUUUUUUAAAAAAAGCUAAAAUUGCAUGGCUAAAAAAGUUUUAACUAUCAAGUUUUCUAGCAUUUUUACUCAUAUUUAGCUUAUUUAAAGUGGUGCUAUUUUUGCAUAUUAGAUUUUUUUUUUCUUUUUGAAGUAAAAUUUAAUAUAAAAUGUUUAAAACCAAGACUUUUUUUACUUCUUUGAGAAUCUGUUUUUGCAGUGUAAAAUAGUUUUUUCUGUAAACUCGAGCCACUCACAUUAAACAUAAAAUCAGCUGCUAACAGGGAGGAAUUCAUGCAACAGCUGUUUUUAUUUCAUAGAAUCAAACGUUUUGGCAAACCAAUAAAUGUUUGAUUUUUUAAGUUUCUAGUUAUUUCUGCAUGGUUGCAUCAGAAUAAGCUUCUGCAUUUUUCACCUCACUAAGAUUUUUCUUUCUCUUGCUUCUAAAUUUUCUUAACUAAAACAAAACAAAACACUUAACAUAAGGAUUUUAGGACAUGAGCUCGAUCAGGUGACUAAAAUAAUUCAAAACAUGACUGAAAAUAGGGAUGAAUUAAAAAAACUUUUUUGUUUAUAAAUAUCUAAAUGUUUAUUUAAAGUUUUUCUUUUUGCAGUUGAACCUUGUUUUAAUUUUUUUUUUUUUUUACUUUUAGGGUGAAACCCUUUUUUUGUUUCUGGAGACGUUUUGUUGACGUUUUCACUUCCUGCUGUUUACAGAUGUUUUACAUGACAAUAAAAAUAAAUGUUUCUGGCCUCAUAAUUAAAUGAACUAAUUACCCAUCAUUCCUGCUGCUGUAUCCUCCUCAGAAGACGAGUUGUUAGUGAUUUAUGUUGCUGUACUUCUGCACUUAAUGUAUUAUAUAGAGUGUAAAUAUACUGUAUACCGUCUGCUUAAGCUCUUGUUUAUUGGAUACAUUUGGUUUUGUCAGAUUCAUGAAACUGAUUUAUAUUAUGAGCAAAAAUGUGAUUAUUGGUGGAGCUUGGUGAUGGUUUUUCAUUGUGAUUUUCAUUUUAUUGGGAGAAAUUUGUCCCUGAAUUGUUCAACUUGUGUUUUUUUUUUUUCAUUUUUCCUUUUAGCUUUGAAAUGUGACUCUUAGCUAUCAAAUGUUUUGUAUUUCUAUGUUUAAACCAAUAAACUGAGUCAAUGGUUACGCA